UGAUGGUGAAUACACCGGCCAACCUCCACUCCACCAGAGGAAGAUGACUUUGAGAACGGCAGCAAACUGAGAGCUGCGGGCUAUUACCCUUCUAAAAGUGUCACUGUGUGUACACUGCAGUGCAGAUUUCCUGCCACUGCAGCUCUUAUUGUUUUGUGUUGUGUGUUGUAGUGUGACUUGAGUGACUGAUGAUGUCUGAAUGUUACUGGUAGGGCCCGGCUGCUGUGCUGAUAGCGUAGAAAUGGAAGAAAACCUAGUGCCCAACAAGGAUUCCUCUCAAGUCACAGAUGUGAAGAAGGCACAUCAUAAAUCUGAAACAAAGCGCUACAGCGAGAUCUUCAGAGAUUUUGACAACCUUGAUUUAUCUUUAAUUCCUUCUGCAGGGGAGGAUCUGCUGGCAGACAUUGACUCUCUGUCCAUCUCAGAGUCCAUCUCUACAGAAAGUGCGGAGCUCACAGAGCAACAAGAUGCGCCUAGUGAAGAUGCCUUGUGUUCACAGACACGUGCUGAGAGCAGUGAAGGGGAUGGAAACCAAGCAGCCCAGGAAGCAGACCUGGCCCUCUGUCGCUGCGAGGAUGGAGUGGAGACGGCCAUGCAGUACGCCAAGAUGUGGUGCCGCUAUGCCAAAGACCUUCUGGCCUGGAUGGAGAAGAGAAUCAGCUUGGAACAAGAAUUUUCCAAAAAUGUCAUAAAGGCGGCUGAAGGGGCAAAGGUGAAUGUGGCACAGCAGGAAAUGAUGCCACUGCAGUACAUCUACACCAUGGCUCUAGAGCAAGACAUCAAGAACAGCGUCACAUCUAGAAGGACGUCUGAACUGAUACAAAACCGCUGUUAUCAGGCCUUGACUGCCAAGAGAAAUGAGAUCGAUAAGUGGCGGAGAGAGUUUAAAGAACAGUGGGCAAGAGAACAGCGGAGGAUGAAUGAUGCAGUGACUGCUUUGAAAAAGGCCAGGCAGCAAUAUUACCAGCGGUGUGAGGAGCUAGAAAAGGCUAAAGCUGUCUCUGCUAAAGCUGUGGAUGACACGGCUGGAACCAAAACACUUGAUAAGAGGAGGAAGUCUAAGGAUGAUGCGCAGACUAAGGUGCUGGAGGCAGAGAAUCUGUACAGACAGUGUGUGAGUGAUGCCAGGAUCCACCAAGAGGAGCUAGUGAAGGUCAAAGAAAGAAUUAUUUCUCACAUUCGCAAGCUCAUCUGUCAGGGAGACACUGUGCUCAAGGAGGCCACAGUCAACAUGUUCUUCUACCAGCGGCAGCAGACGGAGCCUAUUCCUCUCGGCUACCACAACCUGGAGCUGACAUGCAGAUCUCUGGAGCCCGGCGAGCCCUACCUGCUCUUCAUCCUGAGCAAGCGCCGUCCCGAGCAGCCUCUCCAGGUCUUCAGCUUCCAGGAGCAUGUUUCUCAGGCCAAAGGCAACAAACGGAAAACCAGCAGUGGCCUCAGCACUCUGCAAGACUCCUCACCAAUGACGGAUGAUGUGUGUUACAGACGACCUCUAGAUGGAAAAACAGGGUACAGUGACAGUGAGAGCAUUGGAGGCAGUCUAGAAUCUCUGUCCAGUCCUGCAUACACUAAUAGGAGGACGCCCAAACCCACAUCCACUCUGACGGUGUCAUUGGACGACGCUGACGGCCGAGAUGUAGUGUCAGAAUCAGAGUACAUUGAUGGCCAGCCCGUUAAAAUCCACGCGCCUUCUCGAGCUGCACUAACACACCGACUCAAGAAAAUGAAGAGCAAGAUGGUCAAAUGCAAACAGUGUGACAACUACAUUGUUGUCAGUGGGGUUGAAUGUGAGGAGUGUGGGCUAGCUUUGCACAGGAAGUGCAUGGAGGUGUGUCAGCUAGAGUGUGAACACAGAAAAGGAACAGUGUUCGGAGUGGAUCUUUCUCUGCUCCCACGGCAAACGCCAGAUGAGGUCCCCUUUGUGGUUUUGCGCUGCACCGCUGAGAUAGAGAGUCGCGCUCUCUCCAUCCAGGGAGUGUAUCGUGUGAGUGGGUCCAAGCCUCGCAUUCAGAAGCUCUGCCAGGCGUUUGAGACGCAAAAGGAGCAGGUGGACCUCUCUGACCUGUCACCACAUGACAUCACCUCUAUCCUUAAGCAAUUCUUCAAGGAGCUCCCAGAGCCCUUAUUAACCUUUGACCUGUACAAUGAUUUCAUCACGGUGGGAAAAACCAUUCAGCACCUGAGUGAAAGGGAGACACCACCAGACACUAAUGAGAUAAUGGACAUCAUUCACAACCUGCAAAAGCUACUACAGAAGCUUCCUACAUAUUGCUAUAGCACUUUGCAGCAUAUUAUGUGUCACCUGCAAAAAGUUUCAGAGAACUUUGAGAACAAGAUGUCCGCUAGCAACUUGGGGAUUGUGUUUGGGCCGACGUUACUGCGUCCUCUAGUAUCUACGGACAUGUCAAUGAUUGCCCUGUUGGAAACCAGCUACCAGGCUGUACUUGUUGAGUUCCUCAUCACGCACCACAACAAGGUUUUUGGCCUGCAGCAACCCAGCACACCUCCUCCUCCAGUCCCCACUGCACCGCUUCCAGACACCCCACCCAGAGCUUCCUGUUCCAUGGAAGGGGUGGUUUAUCCCGACCCGGAACAUGAAACUUCCUCCAGAGAGCGACCACAGUCACUAGAAAGUCGAACAAUCAAGAGAGACUCAAGCGAGGGUUAUAUAUCUGACAAGUCUUCAUCCAAUGAGGCAGUGGACCAGCUCAGCCCUGAAGCCAAUGAGAGAGCAGUCCUGGCUCUGAGAGGGGCAACAAGUGAUCCUCAGGGUGAAUCAGUGGCGGACACUGCCCCAGAUUUUGGGACCCAGACGCAAUAUCGUUUCACCAGACAGCCUGUGAAGUAUCACCGGCAUCAUAACCCAGGAACCCGACUCACUAACCUGACUCGCACAGCCAGACAGCCUGCAACUCCAGCAAGGGGCCAUCCAGGGAGUGCAGACAGCAGCCGCAGCUCUUCCCCAGAGCCGAGGAUGCAAAGACUUUCCCAGAACUUAGAUGUCUACAGUGAGAACACUUGCCAGCCCCAGCAGGUCACCAUUGCCCCGGAGAGUAAAGUUGACGCCCCACUAAGCCCUCGCGAGGUUGUGCAGUACAUGCUGGGAUUGGACUCAGCAUUUACAUCACCUGCAGCAUCAUCCUGUACAGCACAGGAGUCUACUCAGGAAGCAGCAGCAGCAGGGUCUCAAACAGAUCCGAACAUAAAUCUGACCAGUAACAGACAGCGUGCUGGUCAAAGCUACGCUCUGUGUCAGUCACCAAAGACAGUUCCUGUCGAACACCACCUGACCUCACCAGCCCAGAAGAUCCUGUCGGGUCUGAAGCUGAGACGCAGCCACUCAGGGAAGGACGAGCAGCUCUUUGUCUAAAGGGCUAUGAAAAUCUGGAGACAUUUCACCAGAAUGUAUCGACAUACACUGGAGGACUGCAUUAGCAUCAUUGUUACUGUGGCUAACAAUAGUGACUAAGAUCCACAUUCGUGUAGUUAUUAUAAAUGAAAGCUCCUAUCGUCUGCCCAAAUAUCAUCUCUGUAGAACAGAACUGUCUUCAUUUACUAAAAAGUUAAAUGUACCAAACUAACGUUUAGAAUUGUUCAGGAUUGGUGCUUACUCGGAUACCAAAACCUUAUUACCAUUUAAUCUUCUUUGAGAUUUUUAUCUUUUGAUCUGUCUAAUACCCAGGCCAGACAAGAGAGGUCCAGGUAUUAAUCACUUUUCAUUACCUUGAAUGUAUCUGAAUGCAAGUGGUUGGAAACUGGAGGUCACAAGAUACAAAGCAGCACUUAAUGUUUUGUCCUGAACAAACUACAAUGGGAAAAUACAAAUGUUUUCAAAUGUGUUUGUUUUUUUUAAUGUUAUUUUAUACUACUCGUGAUUUUUAAAAAAAUAUUUUAGUUUUGUAAUUUGUGUAGCACAUAAACAGAUAUUCCUUCAGUGGUGUCAUGUCGAAGUUAUUUUUUUUAGUUUAAUGCACCUUUCCUGUGUCGCCACAAGGAGGCGAUCUUCUCUCAGUGUGAGAGGAAAACAUGCCAGACACAAUAGUAGAAAGAAAAUAAAGCGUUUAUUUCUAAUUAUA